AUGGAAUGCAAAACGCCGAGAUUGUCUGCGGAUACAGACGGUGAUCUUAAGGCAGAUCAUGGUCGGUUUGUUCGCCGAUGGGGCCUUGAUCCAUCAAAGCUUCCAUCAUCAUCUGCACCCUCAAGUGAACUUAUCCCACUACUUACGACCGUAUGGACAGAGGCCAUCUAUUUCAUCAGCAAGGUGCACCUGGAGGAGUCUUCAAACAAAACGUCACCAUGGCAAUCCAAGGGCGUCAAAACAUUUCCCCACUCCAAUACCCCAGUGAAGAUGUAUGAGCGUGUCAUAACGACAAAGGAGCUGGCCAAGGUUAUCCACGACCACAAGCUUGAUGACGUGAAAGAGAGCGACAUGGAGCCGGAAACUUGGAGUCUGCGGCGUAGCGUCCACGCCAAUGCAGCAUCAGCAGGAACUGCCGAUUGGAAUGAAUGGGUUCGAUGCUUCAAGAAAAAUCACGCCGAGGCGGAGAAGGAAUACACUGCGACUGUCUUGAAUACUACACUAAUGAAGAAUUGGAAUUGCAAAGGUAUCAAGAUUCAAGUUGCCGGUCGGACUUGGGUCGACUGGACCAUGAAGUGGGAGGAGUCUGUUCAUAAGCUUCCCUUCCCGCUGAAGAAACGCGUCUUUCCCGUUCUGCAGCUGACGGCCAUGACUGACGACAAGCGCGAGUUUCUCGUUGUCCAAAUUGCUGUGAAGGACAAGGACGCGACACCUCGAAAUCGUGGUGCCGUCUUGGGGGCGUAUACGAGCGUGGAGAGAUUUCGUCAAACAGAGGGUGAGGUUGAAUGGAUCAUGGGCACGGUUUCGGAUGCGGCUGGCAUUCUGCCUCGAUGGGUGCAAAAAAGAGCGGUGCCGGCUCAAAUUGCAAAGGACGUUGAAAUGUUUUUGACUUGGAUGACAGAGGAGAGAAAGAGAAUUGUUGGGACUGAUAAGGACACGUCGACAGCUGCCAAUGAUUCCAGGACAACUUCAAGAACGACGUCUCGAGUAAACUCUUCUCAGACAACCGCAACCACCACGACGAGCGGCGUAGUGCCUGCGCCGAAACCAAGUGCGAAUGAGUGA